AUGGAUUCCACAAAAUGCACGUUUGGCAUUCGCAUGCCCAUCGACCUCCAUAUGCUAAACGAAAUUAUAUACAGGGAAGUGAAACACUUUAGAAACUACAAGACGUACCGUCCUAACUUCGGAGUGACGCCGGUAGCCGGCAAGUUCUACGCGGCCCACGAUCAGUUGAAGACUCAAUCACCAGAAGAGUUAAGAAAGGUCGAGGACUACUUCAACAACGUGACAAAAUCCCGGGCCAAAGGGCCGCGUAGCAAAUAUCCCUCGCCGGUCACUGAUAACCAGACGUACGGAUGGUAUUCUAUACCCCUACUACCAAUGGAUCGUAACGACGGCCGCUUCUACCGCCCACAGAGAGAGAGCAGAGAAACUAAGACAGAAAUAAUGAUCAAAAUGGCCAACCCCGGGAAACGACAC